UGCUUAUCAAAACUCCCAUGAUCACAUGGUUUCGUCCCCCUGUGGGUUAUGCCGACGCGCGAUAAGUGAAUAAGUCCAUGUCACCGUGCCGAGCGUCGGCGACAGUCUGGACGCCGAUAUAAACCCAGCGGCGCACCCUCCGGCUUACCACCGCCAUGCCACGUCGCGCACUUCCGUUGCUGCUGUUGUUAUCGGCCCUCGGCCUGAGCGCCGUCUCCCAUGCCGCCGAGACGUUCCCCAUGGUGAAAUGCCACGGGCACGUCCUCGAAGACGCGUCGGUCACGCAGAUCCAGCGCUGGUACGACGCGGGCUCGCUGUCCGUGCGGCAGGUCGUGCAAUGCUACCUGGACCGCGUCGCGCAGGUGGAUCCCUACGUCAACGCGGUGAUGGAGCUCAACCCCGACGCGCUCGAGAUCGCGGACGUGCUCGACGCGGAACUCAAGGCGGGGAAGAAGCGCGGGCCGAUGCACGGGAUCGUCGCGCUCGUGAAGGACAACUUCGCGACGAAGGACAAGAUGCAGACGACCGCGGGGAGUCUGGCGCUCGUCGGGAGCGUGGUGCCCCGCGAUGCCCACGUCGUCAAGCGCAUGCGCGAGUCCGGUGUGGUGAUAUUGGGGCACGCGGGGAUGAGCGAGUGGGCCGACAUGCGCAGCACGUCGUACUCGGAGGGAUACAGUGCGCGCGGCGGGCAGGUCCGCAACUCCUACAAUCUCACGCAAGAGCCAGGAGGCUCCAGUUCCGGAUCCGGACACUCCGUCACGACAAACAUGGUGACCGUCGCAUACGGCACCGAGACCGACGGAUCGGUGAUAUCCCCCGCCGAGCGCGGCAACAUCGUCGGGAUCAAGCCCACGGUGGGGCUCACCAGCCGGGCCGGGAUCAUCCCGGAGAGCGCGCACCAGGACACGGUGGGUGCGUUUGGCCGCACGGUGGAGGACGCGGCGUUGGCGCUCGAUGCGGUGUUUGGCUUUGAUUGGAGGGACGAGGCCACGCUGGAGCAGCUGGGCAAGACACCCAAGAGCUAUGCGCAUUUUGUGUCUGAAAAGUCGAGCCUCAAAGGGAUGAAGGUCGGCAUUCCCUGGAAGCGGCUCUGCACGGCGUUGAAGGUGACUUCCAUCCGAAUCAUAGCGACUUGCCAGCAUCCUGACCUAUUUGCUCCUCGAGUGUACAACAACACGAACUACAAAUACGUCGAUGAAAUCGUAUCACCGGCCGGCUGGAACUGGGCUUUCGGCCCUGCCAACCAGAGUGAGAUCACCGUCGUCAAUGUCGACUUUUACAACAACAUCAAGGCCUACUUGUCUGAGCUGGGCAACACGACCAUCCGCUCGCUGGAGGAUAUCGUCGCCUUCAACGACGCGCAGGCAGCCGAAGGCGGACAACCCAACAUCGCAGCGGCCUUCGCAUCGGGACAGGACGGACUGCUCGCGUCGCUGGCCACGGGGGGUAUCGAGAACUCGACCUACAAGCAGGCUCUGACAUGGUGCCGGAAGACCUCGCGCAGAGACGGUAUCGACUACGCGCUGCACCCCAUCAUCGACGGGAAGCAAGUGCAUCUCGAUGCGCUGCUCAUCCCCUCGGACGACAACGGCGCGGGGACGAACAUCCCGGCGCAGGCCGGCUACCCCAUUGUCACGAUCCCCAUCGGUAUCGACGAAUGGCAUGUGCCGUUCGGCCUCUCGAUCGUAGGUACCGCAUGGAGCGAGCCGACGCUGAUCAAGUUUGCGUCCGCAGCGCAGCACGCGCUAGGCGGCCGACGCGUGAAGCCGACAUUCUACGCAGCCAACGCGACGAACAUCCCCGUCAACUGGAGCUUCGGAACAUAUCUCUAAGAACGGCGCGCGCAGGGGUGAGCGAAUUGUCCA